GACUCGACGAGAACCAGCGGAGUAGCGGAGUGGAGUCAGCAGAACUGUGAGGGCCGAAUCGGCUCACCGCACUUUCUCCCUUUCUUCCUCCGCCCGCAGAAGCCGGGGGCUCUCAUGGCGGGCUUGGAGGUACUGUUCGCGUCGGCGGCGCCGGCCAUCACCUGCGCGCAGGACGCGCUCAUCUGCUUCCUGCACUGGGAGGUGGUCACGCAUGGCUACUACGGCUUGGGUGCCGGCGACCAGCCGGGUCCCAAUGAUAAGAAAUCAGAACUGCUGCCAGCGGAAUGGAACAACAAUAAAGACCUGUAUGUCCUCCGGUAUGAGUCAAAGGAUGGGUCCAGAAAGCUCCUUGUGAAGGCUGUCACUGUGGAGAACAGCAUGAUCAUCAAUGUGCUGGAACAUGGCUCACAGCAAGUGUCAGACUUGACCCUGAACUUGAAUGAUUAUAUCGAUUCAGAUCACCUGGUUGACUUCCACAGGGUCUACAAGAAGAGUGAGGAACUUCGGUCUCGUCUUGUGUCUGGGAUCAUCACACCUAUCCAUGAACAUUGGGUCAAGGCUAGCGAAAGUCCCCAACAGGAGUUUCCCCCUGCCACUGCCAGAGAGAUUGACCCACUCCGGAUUCACCCACACCACCCACAUACCAGCCGGCAGCCUCCCUGGCAUGUGGACACAGGCACUGUCAGGGGAAGUACAUGGCAGAGCAAGGUAAGCAAUGUCCCAGCUUUCUGGCCAGAGGACCAAAAGAGGAGCCCCAGGGAACUGGAAGGUAUCAAGGAGAUAGAUCACAGAAACGGAAGAGUUCAGAAAGCAACUCCAUAAACUUAUGGACUCCAGGCCUUACCUGCAAACUGUACAUAAGUGGAUCUGAUUGUAAAUAGCACACCAAAGACUUUGAGAACAGAACUACAGGAUAGCCCACUGCCAGGUCUCAGACUGACCACUGGUUAGCACAUACGUGGUACACAACUGGAUAGCACUGCAAAGGCUUUCCAAACAGAACUGACAUUGAAACCUGAACUUGGAUCCCAAACCCAGCUGGGUCGAUUGCCUGCUAAGACAAAAAUACCAGGAUUCUCCCCAAACCUCAUGACAAAAUGUUCAAAAUUAUUGGGCAUACAAAGAAUCAAGAAAAUUUCAGCUCACAAAAAGACAAUCAACAGAUGCCAAUAUUCCAAUGUGAUGCAAAUGUUGGAAUAAUUAUGUGACAGAUAUAAAGCAGCUAUUAUAAAAAUGCUUAGAGAAGUGAGGGCAGUCUAGAAACAAAUGGAAUGAUAGAAAAUCUCAGCAAAGAAACAAGGUACAAAAAAGAACCCAAUGGAAAUUUUAGAACUGAAAAGUAAUAAUGCAGUAAUCAAAAUAAUUUCACUGGAUGAAUCAGUAGCAGAAUAGAGAUAACAGAGGAGAGAUUAAAUACUUGAAAUAAAUCAGUAGAAAUCAUCUGAACGAUAGAGAGAAAAAAUAUUUUAAAAUAAAGUUUCAGGAACCUGUGGGACAAUUAUAAAAGAGCUGACACUGCGGUCAUGAAAGUCUUAGGAGGAGAGGAGAAAGAGUGAAGUACAGAAAAAUUAUUUGAAGAAGAUAAUGGCUGAAAACUUCUCAGAUUUGGCAAAAGACAUAAACCUACAGAUUUAAAAAGCUCAGCAAAUCCUAAGUAGGAUAAACCCAAAGAAGUCCAUGCUCAAACAUAAUCAAAUUGCUAAAAAUGAAAGUCAUGAAAGCAACUAGAGAAAAAAACAUAUUGCUUAUAGAGGAAUAAGAAUUUGAAUGAUUAUGGAUUUCUCAUCAGAAUACAUGGAAACCAGAAAUAAGUAGACCACCAUUCUUAAAGUAUGGAGAAAAAAGGAUUGUCAGACCCAGAAUUCUAUGUCCAGCAAAUACAUCAUCUUUAUUUCUGAAGGAUUUUAAGAUAUUCUUAGUAAAAGGAUACGAAGAGAAUUCAUAGUCAACAGAUCUUCUCAGAAGGAAUUGCUAACGAAAGUUCUUCAGACAGAAGGGAAGGGAUACCAGAUAGACACUUGGAACAUCAGGAAUAAAGGAAGAGCAAUAAGAAUGGUAAAUAUCUAGAUAAACAUAAUAGACUGUUCUCUUGAAUUCUCUAAAACAUGUUUUAUAAUUGAAAGCAAAAAUUAGAACAAAUUCAUUGUAGUUAUAAUAUAUAUGUCAUAUAAUAUGACAAUAUUGUAUGUUAUAUAAGACAAGGAAGGUGAAUGAAAGGACUUACUUAUGCUGAUAAGGUUUUUACCUUCUACUUGAAAGGGUAAUAUACUAUUUCUCAGUAGACUGUGAAAAGUUACAUCUGUUUAUUGUAAUCCCUCAAGCAACCACUGAAAAAACUACAAAGAGAUCUAGUCAAAAACUCUGAAGUUGAAUUAAAAAGAGAGAAAAUAGAGGAAAGAAAAAGAACAAUUGGAAAAGCAAUAGUAAAAUGGCAGAUCUAAAUCUAAACAUAUCACAUUAAAUGUAAAUGGUCUCAACACACCAAUUAAAAGGUCAUGGCUUUUGAAGUUGGGUAAACCUAGUGUGAAUUCAUUCUUGGCCACUUACUACCCAUCUGGCCUUGUGUAAGAACACUUGCUUCUCUGAGCUUCUGUUUCCUCACUUGUAAAAUAGGAAAAAAAUUGUACUUCCUUAGAGGGCUAUUGCAAAUAUAAAAUAAGGUAAUAUUUAUAAGGAGCUCAGCAUAUCCAUCUGUUU